AUGGAAGAAGACCAGUCGCUAGCUACCGUUGUGAAUGGGCAAGCAGCACCAUUUGCGCCAGGAGAAGACAACUGUGAUGAACAUGCUAACAAAGACGAUGGGAAAGAACAGCUAGUUGGGGAGCUUCGGUCUACUUCUGGUCGCAAGUUUUCUGGGGGUCAAUAUUUCAAGUUGGCUCAUGAGCGUGCUCAGUCAGCCCGUGCAGCUGCCCAAGCCGAUUUGGAGCGUGUGGCGAUUACUGCGCAUUGGUGGGAUUUCUGCAGAACAAAUCCCUCAUACUCGUAUGCAAUGGUACCCCAUGGUCAACAACAUUGA